AUGUCAUCCCCCGACAGCAUCUAUUUCUACAGCCCUUCACUUCCAGCCUCCAUCCUAUUCACAGUUUUCUACUUCUUCCCGUUUCUAUAUCACCUGUAUAUGACUGUCAUUGCACCAUGGCUAGGCAAGGUCCGCCGCGUAGGGCACUUCAUCCCAUUGUUGAUCGGUGCCCUGCUCGAAGUGGCUGGAUACGGAAUCCGCUGCGCCAGCGUGAAGAAGCCGGCGGAUGUUGCCCUGUACGCUGUCAGUGCUACAUUGAUCGUUAUUGCCCCGAUAUUUGUCUGUGCCAGUCUCUAUCUUCUGAUGGAUCGAUUGAUCUGGUCCGAUGCAAACGAUCAGGGUUCCGAGAAGCCAUUGCGUUUUCUAUUUGUCGGGAUCCGACGAAAAUGGCUUCCUCGGAUCUUUGUUGCGUUAGAUAUCAUCAGCUGUCUUACCCAAGCCUCUGGCAGCGGGAUUGCUUCUGCAGGAGACUGGGAGGGCUCAGAGAAAGACACCGGAACUGGGGUUCUGAUCGGGGGUCUAGUCCUGCAAGUCGUUACAUUUACUGUGUUCCUGCUUAUCGUUGGAUCUUUUCAUCUGAAGUCGACCCGUGGAGACACUGCUUACCGGGAUCUAUAUAUCCGGUUUCUUCAUACUGGUGAGUUCCAUUGUCGCUAA